AUGAAGAUCGUUUUAUUUUUACUUUCCAUGAUAUUAUGCAUAAUAUCCACAAGAUGUAGCCAGCUAACUCUGAGCGACUGUGGCGCAGAGGCGCGGCGUCCACAAGUCAGUGACAUCUCAGUAACUUGUGGUACUUCUUCCAUUGGUCUUGCGAUUCAGAUCUGCCCGGUUAUCUACACUGGCUACAACGACUCUCUUCUGAUCCUGAACCACAUGUUGGACCCGUCAUGUAGAGCAGUCCUUGAUGAUUCUGUGUCUCCACCUGUCGCUCGCUUUAACUUCCCUCUGAAUAUGACCCAUGCAUGUGGAAGCACAUUCAGGACCACCAGUGCUGCCGGGACAGGCAUUUUCUCCGACUUCUCCAACAUCCAGACGGUCAACAUCAGCGGGGUUGUCCGAUCGGUUGAUCCUACAACAGGCACGAUCACUUAUAAUGCUGAGCUGAAGUACUACUACUCUUGUGCCUAUCCCCUUGAAUACCUGGUCAACAAUACACAGAUUGAUGUGUCGGCCUCCUCUAUUGCAAUCAAGGACAACAAUGGUAGUUUCAUCAGCACCUUGAGCAUGGAGCUCUUCUGGGAUUCCAACUUCACGAAACCACUCAUCAUGCCAACUUUGGGGGUUGAGUUGAGGACCAGCAUAUACGUUGAGGUCAAGGCCACCAACUUGACAGGGCAGUACCACGUCCUGCUAGAUCGAUGCUACGCCUCCAUCUCCCCACUUCCAACCAACUCCAGCUACUUCAAUCUCUUCGUCCCCUGCUCAAGGGAUCAAUUCACCAAAAUGAUUGAAAACGGAGACAGCCAGAGUGCACGCUUCCGUUUCCCGGCUUUCCGUUUUAUCGAGCAGCAGAAUGAGACCGUGUCCACCUACUACCUCCACUGCAUCACCCGGCUAUGUGAAACCACCACCUGUAGCACCUUCAAACAAUGCAACAACAGGAGGAAGAGGAGCACCCUGGACACAUCUGCAGCUGGCAUCAGCAAGACGUACACCAUCACCUCAUCGGAGAUCGUCACCAAAGCUGACACCAGUGGAUCCAAGGAGAAGCCCCUCCAUGCUGAAGAAGAGGAAGACUCUGCUGUCGGGCUGGGUGUGGCUGUUGGUGUCCUGGCUUUUGCUUGCAUUGUUGCCCUUAGUGUUUCAGCUGUCUUUUACAAAAAGCUCAGGAACUAA